UUUCUUGGCUCAAAACUUGAUAUUGCUUAACAAAUCAAGUUUAGAGAGAGAAUUUUAGAGAGAGAGAGAGAGAAAAAAAGAAUGGCGAGUGACGCAACGGUGGACGCAGCCGUAGCGGCGGCAUCGACAGAGGCGGCGGAGACGACGACGGUGGCAGCAAAGCAGCCGCAUCGCUUGGAGAGGAAGUGGACGUUUUGGUUCGACAACCAGUCGAAGCCCAAACAAGGCGCCGCUUGGGGUUCCUCCCUUCGCAAGGCCUAUACCUUCGACACCGUCGAAGAAUUUUGGUGUUUGUAUGAUCAGAUAUUUAAGCCCAGCAAGUUGCCUGCAAAUGCUGAUUUUCAUCUAUUCAGAGCUGGGAUUGAGCCCAAAUGGGAAGAUCCUGAGUGUGCGAAUGGAGGCAAGUGGUCUAUUACCAGCAGCAGAAAGGCUAGCCUUGAUACCAUGUGGCUUGAAACUUUGAUGGCUUUGAUUGGGGAGCAAUUUGAUGAAUCUGAUGAGAUUUGUGGUGUGGUUGCAAGUGUGCGACAAAGGCAGGACAAACUUGCACUAUGGACUAAGACAGCAUCCAAUGAGGCUGCCCAGAUGGGCAUUGGGAGGAAGUGGAAGGAAAUCAUUGACGCCACUGAUAAGAUCACUUACAGCUUUCAUGAUGACCAGAGAAGGGAAAGAUCAGCGAAAGGCGGCCGAUACAGCGUGUGAAUGCCUCGUAAUAGUUUCAUUGACCGCAUUUCUACUUUCAGUUGGAAAACUUUGUUCAGUACACUACAGAUGUGCAAUAUUUUCAUUUGGCUGCAAAUUACUAGCUAUAGUAUUUUGUAUGUGAGAUUAUUUUUGUUUUGUUUUUUUGUAUGUCAUUCAAAUCAUGUCUGGAAGAUUUCUGUUAUACCAGAUUCUGUUUGUGAAAUUGCUUUCACUUGAUUCGCAAUAGAGAGCAUUAAUUUUUCAUUA